GUCACUUUGGAAUCGACCUUCCGAUCGUACUAACGUGUUUGCUUUCUUUCUGGCUGUAGAGAGUGGAUUUCAACAGUUCUACAUCAUCUUGAGUUACUUCUCAAGUGGUUUAGGCAAGUUAUGUAACACUUCACUAUGUGGAAUGCUCAACAAUUUUCGGUGCAUUCACUUCUAAUGGUGGCCGGUAGCUGUUUGGUGAUGGGAAAAUUCUGCAGCGAAAGUGAAAAAGUACCAAAGCUAGUGCAAAACAAAACCAAAGGAGUGGAGUACGGCACAUGCAAUUACUACUGCAUGUUUGGUGAACAUACUUUGCCGGUGACAGUAACCGUUGAGAGGCUGUCGUGUGCUUUGGAAUACGAAACCCGCCAGAAGCAAGUGUGCUGCCAGGGUUAUCACCGCUACGGUAGUGAAUGUCUUCCUUCGUGCAGACACAAGUGCAUAUUUGGGGAGUGCACUGCACCGGAAACGUGCAGCUGCUAUGGUGGAUACAGGAAAGUGAAUGAAUUUCUCUGUGAGCCAAUAUGUGAUUCUCCCUGUGAUAAUGGUCGGUGUGUAGCACCGAAUGUCUGCGUCUGUGAUGAAGGUUUCGAGAAAGCAGCGGAUGGAAAGUGUACGAAGAGAUGUGAUAAGAAAUGCCUGUUCGGAUCGUGUAGGGAUAACGAAUGCCAAUGCUACAAAGGAUACACGUUGGAUCCGCACGAUGAUGGAAGAUGUGUGGCUGAAUGCCAACCGGAGUGUCAAAAUGGAAACUGUGUUCAGCCUAACGUGUGCCAGUGUUUUCCAGGCUAUACUCUGUCGCCGGUGUUCCCUUUCCUGUGCGAACCAGUCUGUACCGGGAACUGUCACAACUGUAUCGCUCCGGAGACAUGUCUCUGCGAGGAAGGCUACCUGUUGAGCGAACAGAGGGAAUGUGUUCCAAUAUGCGACAGCGUUGACUGCACCAACGGAUUUUGUGUCCAGCCGGAGAUCUGCCACUGUAACGAAGGUUAUCAGUUCGUGGAAGGGGAAUGCAUUCCAAUGUGUGGAGAUGAUUGCUUCAACGGAGAAUGCGUUGCCCCCAGGGUAUGCAUUUGCGACGAAUUCUAUCGGAUGGGUGAGAAUGGUAAGUGUGAACCUUACUGUCCGGAGGGUUGUCCCAAUGGGGAAUGCGUGGGUCCAGGGGUGUGUCGAUGCAAGGACGGAUUUGAGAUGGAAGCAGAGAGUGGACUUUGUGUGCCACGAUGCAGUAGACCAUGUGAGAAUGGCAUUUGCGUUGGACCGGAUCGAUGUGUUUGCAACGAGGGAUACCAGUUGGAUCGAAGGAAUGCUGCCAAGUGUGUGCCCCAGUGUGAUAAACCCUGCGUUCACGGAAGGUGUGUUGCACCGAAUGUUUGCGAGUGUAAUAAAGGAUACGUAAAGUUGGAUAACAGUCGCAAUGUAUGUGAAGCGAAAUGCACAAAUGGAUGCCCGAAUGGAAUCUGUGUUGGUCCAGAACGCUGCGAAUGCCUUCCAGGAUAUUUCGCAGCAGCGAGUUCAAUGAGCUCUAAGAAGACUAUUUGCACGCCAUAUUGCAAAAGCAAAUGUGUCCAGGCGUACUGCAUCAAGCCGAACGUCUGUCAAUGUAUUUCCGGCUAUCGAUUUGCCGACAAUAGCACCAGCGUAUGUGAACCAAUUUGUGACGAUACGGUGGUAGACUGCACCAAUGGACGGUGCACACAACCUAAUGUCUGCGAGUGUGACGAAGGCUACGUUCUUGCAAUACGUGAUGGGAGAAUGGCAUGCGAACCGAAGCCUUGUGAACGCGUCUGCGUGAAUGGAUUUUGCGUUGGAGACGAUCAGUGCAGUUGCAUGGAGGGAUAUCGGAAGUCAAGGGUCUAUGAUUUCAUCUGUGAGCCAGUUUGUGAUGAAUGCGUCGGAGGAGUAUGUAUUGCUCCUGGGAUAUGCGUGUGCAAAGAAGGUUUCAGCGCAGGCGAAGAUGGAACUUGCGAAGCGAUUUGUACAAAGGUUGAUUGCAGUAAUGGAGUAUGCCUCGGAGGUGACAGAUGUCUGUGCAACGAAGGAUUUCAAUUGACGAAGAACUCAACAGGAAUAUUUGAAUGUGCUCCUGUCUGCAGAACUAGUUGUGAAAAUGGCCGAUGUGUAGCUCCUGGACGCUGUGAAUGCGAUCAAGGAUAUCAAGUUGAUGAAAGUUACGAAUUUUGUUCUCCGAUUUGUAAUCCACCAUGCGUCAAUGGGGAAUGCACAGAUCCAGAUCUGUGUGAAUGUUACGAGGGUUUUGUUCUCAAAACCGAAAAUUUAUUCUACUCAAAUCACAUUUGCGUUCCAUAUUGCGAUCCAAACAUAGUGAAUUGCAGUAAUGGGUAUUGUGGAGCAAAUAACCUUUGUCAGUGUAACGAAGGAUUCUUCUCGACUGUUGAGGAUGGUGUAAGAACUUGUAUAGCCAUUCCUGAGCCUACAAUAUCGGAAUGUGAAGUAUCAAGUAUAUCUACCACAACUACUCAACCGGAAUGCAACUACGAUACUCCAGAACCAUGCCCUCAAAUAACGUGUCCAACUAUUCCGGAUUCAACUCCAGCCUCUAUUUCUGAUUAUAGUUGUUCAGAACCGCCUCCAUGUCCUGAAGUACAGUGCCCUACGACCAUUCCAAUUACAACGGAAGCCUACAUGCCUUGUGAAUGCCCUACUCAGGCUCCUUGCGCAGAAGUGAUGUGUCCAACACAAGCCAUGCAAGAAUGUCCCUCUCCAAAACCUGACAUUGAAUACGAAGAUAUCAUGCAGUAUAAAUGUGACGAUAAUUACGUAGACUGUAGUCAUGGAACAUGUCUUGGGUAUAAUAUCUGUGAGUGCAAUCCCGGUUAUCGGAAAGUAAUCGACGAGCAGGAAUUGAUUUCAUGUGAGCCAGUUUGUGCACGGACCUGUGCGAAUGGAAUCUGUGUAGCGCCGAAUGUAUGCGAAUGUUCCAUUGGCUUUGCCGAUCAUGGCGAUGGAUUGUGUCGGCCCGUCUGUGGAGAACCAUGCGUAAAUGGGGAAUGCGUUGCGCCAAAUGUUUGCCGCUGCCUGGCUGGAUAUGAAGAGGAGUGGUAUGGGAUGUGUCGCAAGAAGUGUGACCCAGAAUGUCGAAAUGGGAUUUGUGUUGAUGGCACGUGCCUUUGUGACGAAGGUUAUGAGCUGGACCUAGAUAAUGUUUGCGUGGAGGUCAAACUGCUGGAAGAAGUGGAAGAUAUUACGGAGGAUGAUUUGCCGCUAGUGGGAAUUGUGAGUAGCAGGUUAGGUGUCGAUUGUGGCGACGGAUAUGAGAUGGUGGAUGGGUUUGAUGAUUGUGUGCCGAUUUGUAAUGGUUGUGAUGAUGGAAACUGUGUUGCACCGGAAGUGUGUGAGUGUCAUUAUGGAUUCGUUUGGAGGUACAUCAUGGGGGUCGGCUCAUGCCAACGUGAUACGGAAGCAAGCACUGAGAAUAUGCUCGAGGAGAUGAGUAAAGUUGAAAUUGCAGAGUUGGAAGCAGCACAGCAGAUUGAGGUCCACAAGGACAACCAGUUCAGUUUCUUUUCGAUUUUCAACCGUACGCACCUAUUGAUAGCCACUGUAUCAGCGGCAGUUGCAGUGGGUCUGAUGUUGGUAUCAUACUGGAUUUGUUCGUAUUUGAAUAAGCCUGAUCCGGUUAAUGCCGAAGUAAUAACAACUUAACAUAUUAUGUUAAGGUAUCUUCAUUUUCAUAAAAGUAUUCAUCAGUGCCACGUAUACAAAUAUUCGUUAUAUUUAUUCAAUGGUUUCGUUUUCGCUUAUUAAAAUAAAUAAACAACAGUACGCAUUCGUUGUUGUAAUCUAGA